UUUGGAAUGCUUUCCAAAACGACCGUUAAAUCCGUUACUCGCUACAACUGAUUCGCGUGCUGUCCGUGUCGUUUGCCGCCUGUUUUCCUUAUUAUUUACAAAACCGGGCCACAAUUUUAAUCAGCCAUUGAAAAUGGCACGCACAAAAGCACCUAAGAAGAAACUCGCGGCAAAUUCAGCUGCACUUGAGCUCUUGAAAGAAGCACUACAUCAAAAAGAAAGAGAAGUGAAGCAACUGACUGCCUUAGGAGAAUCAUUUCAUGACAUAAUUGAAAAUAAAAUUGAUUUCAUAAUGUUUUAUUUACCACAUCCAGAGAAACCAUUUAAAGAAUUAAAGCUUAUGACAAAUUCUACUAUAAUGAAGACAACCUGUGAUAAUAUUGAAAGUUCAGUCAGUUAUUCAACCAAGAAAAGUGUGUCUGCAAAGAAGAAAAGGAGUCUAUCUUGUGCCCCAGAUGAUGAUGGUUAUAUUACAGGGGACAGUGCGUCAAGCCGCACCACUCGCACAUCUCGCGCUCGUUCGAGGGCUCCACUGGCUAACAGUACCGCGCGAGUAUCGAGAUCAUUAUCCCGUACAGCGAGCCAGCAAUUGCCGAAAUUAAACACAAAAAAUAAGGGAUUCCAAACGCCUGCGGGAAAACAGCCGAAUAAUGCUUAUGGAAUGGUCACACCAAAGAUGCAACCAAAUGCACCACAAUUAAUCCUGAGACGUCCGAAGCACGGCGAAAUGGCAAUCUCGAUGGAAGGCAGUCCCCUUAUGGUCAACCCAGUGGCCACGGAUCACAUUGCCAACGUGAAUAUCCCCCUAGGCGAAGGCAGACUUCUCAGCUUGCAACCAGAGCGUGGCCUGCGAGUGUCCAUGGUGCCAAAUCUCGACCCCGAAACUCAGGCACAAUUGCUGACGCUCAGCGCGCACAUUCAACAGAUUUGCGCUGCCUCAAAGCGGGUGUAGAGCGUUAUGCAUGGUACUCGUUGUAUAUUUAUUACCUGAAGAGACUCUUUCAUUGCAAUGGGUUGAUUUUUUAUAAGUUUAGUAUUAUAACUCUACAAUUUUUAUAUACUUACAUGUAUUAGCUAUACAUUAGUGAUUAUUAGAUAUCUCAAUUUUUUACACAAUUUUUAUAUGUUCGAUAUUGAAAUAAAGUUCGUUUUGAUACAA